AUGGCAAACAAAAAGCGGGUUAGGUUACCCACUAGAAAAGUUAUUUUAGAAAGACAAGCUGUACGGGAAGAGAUGCUACACAAUCUUUUAGAAGGUGGUCAAUGUCGUGACCUUAUUCGUAUGAGUGAAAACGCUUUUAGGAGAUUGUGUGAAAUCUUACAAACUCAACUUACAGGUGAUGUUGUCCCGAGAGAAAUUCAAGAAAGUAGGAGAUUUUAUCCUUUUUUCAAGGAUUGUAUAGGGGCAAUAGAUGGAACACAUGUUCGUGUCCAUGUGCCUAAUAGAGAUGCCCCUAGAUACCGUGGUCGUAAGGGAUACCCGACAAUAAAUGUAUUAGCUACUUGUACAUUUGAUUUGAAGUUUACGUAUGUGUUAACGGGUUGGGAGGGUACUGCAUCAGACUCGAGAAUAAUAAAGAACGCAUUUACUAGAAAUGAUAAACUACUAAUUCCAUCAGGUAAAUACUAUUUAGUAGAUGGGGGUUUGCCUCAUACGAAUAAACUAAUGGCGCCAUAUAGAGGUGUUAGAUAUCAUUUAAAAGAGUACUCCAUGCGUGGUCCACAAAAUUCUAAAGAGUUUUUUAAUCUUCGUCAUGCUUCCUUACGUAACACCAUUGAGCGAGCUUUUGGUGUCCUUAAAAGAAUGUUUCCUAUCAUUCGAAAUGAAGACCGCGACAUAAAUCUUGAAGAUGAGGUGAUGCAAGAGAUCUUAAACGGACCACAAGAGCAAGAUCGUCGUAAUUCAAUAGAAAUAGAUGAGGGUAAUAGAAUGGCAGAGCAACUAAGGAAUUCAAUUGCAUAUGAAAUGUGGGCAAAUUAUUUGACACAUUCAAACAAUUAA